UAAUAGGAUUUAAUGGUUGUUUUCUCAAAAGAGCUUGUAAGGGUGAGCUAUUGGUAGCUAUGGGAAAGAAUGGGAACAACCAAAUGUAUCCUAUUGCCUGGGCAGUGGUGGAUACAGAGACUAAACAUAGCUAGAAUUGAUUCAUAAAGUAUUUGAUUGCUGAUCUGAAUUUGGGAAAUGGUGAAGGGUUGACUGUAAUGUUAGAUAUGCAAAAGGUACCAUUUCUAUUCCAUUUACUUAAAAUUUCAGUUUAGUAGAGGACAUUUCAGUAUGUUUAACUCUUUUUUUUUUUUUUGUACUUUACACAUUUUUGGAAGGGACUUAUUCCUGUCUUGUUGGAGCUGCUGCCAAAUGCUGAGACAAGGAGAUGUGCUAGACAUGUUUGGAGUAAUUGGCACAAAGAAUGGAGAGGAGAAGAAAGAAGGAAGCAGUUUUUUGGAGAUGCUUUAAGGCUAGCUUUGAAGCCAAGUUUAAAGAGGAGAUGGAUAAAAUGGCCAAAUUGGGUAAGCCCAAGAUAAUGGAGGAUUUUAUGCAUUAUCAGUCUUUUACAUUUUGUAGGGCAUAUUUCAAGUUUCAUUCCAAGUGUGAUGUUGUGGAAAAUAACAUAUGUGAGACUUUAAAUUCUUAGAUCUUAGCUGCUAGACAUAAAUCUAUUAUCACCAUGUUAGAGGAAAUUAGGCAUAAAAUGAUGAAUAGGCAUGUAGACAUGAUCAAAUUUGCUGAAACUUGGAUUGAUGAUAUUGCCCCUAUGACAAGAAGAAUAUUGGAAGAGAACAAGGAAUUGUCUAAUAGGUGUCAUGUUUAAUGGAAUGGGGUGCAUGGUUUUGAAAUUAGAGAUGGUGGGUUCACAUUUGUUGUCCACUUGGAUAAGAAAUAUUGUGACUGUAGGCUAUGGAUGUUAGGGGGGAUUCCUUGCCCUCAUGCUGUUUGUGCUUAUUAUUACUUGAAUCUAGAUCCUGAUGCACAUGUAGAGCAUUGGUAUAGGAAGGAAACAUUUCUUAAGGCUUAUAAUCACUUCAUCCAACCUAUUACCAAUACGAGGAUGUGGCCUAAGACUACAAACCCAUCAAUAGAGCCUCCAGUGCCAAGAAAAAUGCCUGGUAGACCAAAGAAAAAAAGAAUGAAGGAUAAAGAUAAGCCAAAGAAAUAUGGAAAGUUGUCAAAGAAGGGUGUGAAGAUGACUUGUUCACUAUGCAAACAAGUUGGCCAUAACAAGACUGCCUGUGGAAGAGGACAUGGAAUGGGUGGUCCUUCUCAACCAAUACCCUCAACUGAAAGGCAAAGAAGUCAAUCUCAACCAACUCCACCAACUCAAUCCAGCUCUAUUUGUAGUGACACAAGUUCUGUGCCAAGAGAUGCCCAAACUGUUGCUCCAACACCAGCAAUAAUCUAGAAUGAAGGGUCCUGCAUAUCCAACUGCUAGUUCAGCUUAUGCAACUACACAGUCAAGAUCAAUUUGUGGUGACACAAGUGCACAAAAGAGGGCUCAAGUUGGAGCUGGCAGGGGAAGGGGCAGAAAAAAAUUCACAAAUGCAAGAGGGGUACCAUUUGUGAGUGCAAGAGACUCUUCUUCAAGUUAAUUGCCACCAUUAUCGUGCCACAAAAGGUCAUAUACUAUCACGGUUUUGCUGCAGCUACUGGAAAUAAAAGUAGGCCUACAACUGAUUUUGGUGUAUACUCUAAUCCUGUUACUGGAGCACAAGUCUUUAAUCCUGGUACAUCAAGUGAGAGGGUUCUACAUGGUGCAACAAACUUGAAGAGUGCUUCACCAACAAAUAUUGAUAUUGGUUAUAAAGCUCGUGGACUGAAAUGGCAAGGAAAGGAUGCAAUGACCACAUCACAACUAUCCCAAAUGAGAGCCAACAAGAGAAACCAAAAGGUUGCAUCAGUAGCAAGCAGAUCUUCAGCAGAAGGAAGCUCCAACAAGUAGUUAAUGUAGGAAAUUUGUCACAUUUAGGGUAUUUGAAACAAUGUCUUUAGUAUAUGUAAACUGCAGCAGUGCUGUCUAGCUAGACUUAUUAUUAUGCAUUAAUUUGGUAUUGGACAGU